AAGCCCCAGCGAAGCCACCAUGGCCCUGGCAGGUGCCCUGGAGACUGAGCCUGUCAGCAUCGACUGUGGCCACAACUUCUGCCGAGGUUGCAUCGCCCAGCACUGCCAGGACAAGGGGCUUUGGGCUGAUGGACCCUUCUCCUGCCCCCAGUGCAGAGCCUCCUGCCACCGCAGCAGCUUCCGACCCAACAGGCAAUUAGCCAACAUCGUGGAGAGCAUCCGCCAGCUGGGGCUCAGGGGUGGCCUAGGGCUGGAGCCGGAGCCAGGGACCCCUCUGUGCCCCCAGCACGAUGAGAGACUCAAGCUGUUCUGUGAGGAGGAUGAGGAGGCUAUCUGUGUGGUGUGCCGGGAGUCCCUGCACCACCGCCCGCACACCGUCUACCCCAUCGAGGAGGCGGCGCAGGUCUACAAGAUCAAACUCCAGAGAUCCCUGGAGAACCUCUUGAAGGAGGUGGAGGAGGUGAAGAAGCGUGAGUCAGCAGAGAGGAUGAAAACCCAGGAGUGCAAGGAGAAGGUGAAGAAAAAGCGGGAGAUGAUUGUCAGUGAGUUUGGGAAGAUGCACAGGCUCUUGGCUGAUGAGGAGAAGCUGCUGCUUCAGAAGCUGGAGGAGGAGGAGAAGAGGAUUCUGCUGCUGGUCAAUGAAAACCUGGCCAGGCUGGUGGAGGAGAAGUGCCUGCUGGAGGAGCUGAUCCUGGAGAUCCGAGAGAAGAGCCAGCAGCCAGCUGAUGGGCUGCUCAAGGACAUGAAAAGCAUCCUGGCCAGGUGUGAGGGGAUCAAGUUCCAAACCCCCAAGCCUGUGUCUGUGUCCUUGAAGGAAAACUACAGCAUCCCUGAGCGCUGCCUGGGCAUGAGGGACAUGCUGAAGAAGUUCAGAGUGGAUGUGAUCCUGGACCCUGAGACAGCACACCCUGACCUCACCGUGUCCGAGGACCGCAAGAGUGUGAGGAGAGGCAGCAAGAAGCUCCUUCUGUCCCUCUUUGACAACCCCAGGAGGUUUGGCACUGCCCCAGUGGUUCUGGGCACUCAAAGCUUCUUCUCAGGUCGCCACUACUGGGAGGUGCAGGUGGGAGACAAGCCCGAGUGGGGCUUGGGGCUGUGCCAGGAGUCUGCCAGCAGGAAAGGAAACGUCCUCUUCUCCCCCAACAACGGCUACUGGGUGCUGAGGCUGCAGAGUGCUGGUGGCUACGAAGCAUUGACCUCACCAGUGUCCCCUCUGAGCCUCAGUGUGAGGCCUCGGAGGGUUGGCAUCUUCCUGGACCAUGAGGCAGGAGAAAUCUCCUUCUACAACGUGAGCGAUCGUUCCCACAUCUACACCUUCACCGACAAGUUCUCGGGGAACCUGCGGCCUCUCUUCUUCCUGGGGGCCUACAUGGGGGGCAAAGCAGAGCCAGGGAAAUACCUCAGUGCCUUGGUCAGCAUCUUGGCAGGGUCCUUGUGUGGUCCUGGUGAUGACAUGCUAGGGGUGACACUCAGUGUGUGCCAGAUAGUCUCCAGUUUCUCUGGGGAUGUGCUGGAUGAUGCUUUAGGAGCCUCCAAGUGA